GCCGCGACGCUUCGUCGAGGUCAUACUUAUCAGCUAAGCAGCCAGAGCGUAGCUUCCCUGUUGCCCCAACUCAUCCUCUUGUCGUCUUCGUUUCUGUUGCCUCUCACCCCUUCUCGGCAAGGUUUAAUAUCCAGAUCACAGCUCAACCACCCUCAUUAUGGCUACCGAGACCACGAACGGCAACAAACCCAACUGCUUUCUUAUAUGGGGUGGCGAUGGAUGGGUUGCGGGCCACCUAAAGGCGUUGCUAGAGAGCCAGGGGAAGGAGGUCUACACAACCACCAUCCGUAUGGAGAACCGGGAGGCUGUCCUGGCAGAGCUCGAUAGAGUGAAUCCCACCCAUGUGCUGAACGCAGCGGGUUGUACCGGACGGCCCAAUGUGGACUGGUGUGAAGACAACAGGGAGGCCACCAUGAGGUCCAACGUCGUGGGAACACUCAACUUGACGGACUGCUGCUUUACAAGGGGCAUCCACAUCAUCGUGUUUGCCACGGGUUGUAUCUAUCAGUACGACGAUGCUCAUCCAUGGGAUGGUCCUGGCUUUUUGGAGACGGACCCGGCCAAUUUUGCGGGCAGUUUCUAUUCGAUGACUAAGGCCCACGUCGAAGAGAUAAUGAAGCAUUACAACAAUUGCCUUAUCCUGCGUCUGCGAAUGCCUGUAUCAGACGACCUGCACCCGCGAAACUUUGUGACCAAGAUUUCUCAGUACGAGAGGGUGGUGGACAUUCCCAACAGCAACAGCAUUCUGACGGACCUUUUGCCGGCGUCCAUCUUGCUUGCCGAACACGGGGAGGUGGGCAUCUACAACUUUACGAAUCCCGGGGCCAUCUCGCACAAUGAGGUCCUGACACUGUUUCGGGAUAUCGUGCGACCUAUGGUGACGUGGAAGAACUUUAGCCUGGAGGAGCAAGCCAAGGUGAUCAAGGCUGGGCGCAGCAACUGCAAGCUGGAUACAACAAAGUUGACGAGCAAGUUGAAGGAGUACGGCUAUGAGAUACCCGAAGUGCAUGAAGCUUAUAGGAGGUGCUUUGAGCGGAUGAAGGCGGCGGGGAUUCAAUGACUCCCGUCGAUGAGGAUCUAAGAGGACAUGGUCUCGGCGUUGAUUCGGUUCGGUUGAAGGUCAUGUUUGGGCUUUUCUUUUAUUUCUCUCUUCUUUUGGCGUUGCUCUGCGCGGAGUUUUAUGGAA